CGGCUCAACAAAAAUAGACGUUGAACCAAUAACUCUUUGAAUUUAAAUUCAUAUAUCAAGAGGGAGUUGCCUUUCCCAGGAAAAAGAACAAAAGAUUGAAAGGAUUGGCUCCAGACCAGAGGCGGAAGACAGAUAUCAAGAGAAAGCUGCAGAAAAAUUGCUCUAUGGAUUCUUUAUCAUUAUCACUGUUAUCUCCCAAGUAUAAUUACAGGCAGCUGGAACUCAACAUAAUUUCGGCCCAGGAUCUGAAGAGCAGGGCUCUGUUUGGAGAAAUGCAAACCUAUGGUGUUGCAUGGAUCAAUCCAGGCAACAAGCUGUCAACACGGAUUGACCCAAGAGGAGGCUCAAACCCCACAUGGAACGACAAGGUCAUAUUCAGAGUUGAAGAGGGUUUUCUUCACAAUGAAACUUCUUCUGUGACAAUUGAGAUUUACUGCAUUGGCUGUCUUAAAGAUAGGCUUGUGGGUACUGUGAGGGUCAUGCUGUAUACCCUCCUCAAGGGCUAUGAAGGAUACGGAGGCACAUGGAGGAGCUUCUGUGCGCUGCAAGUUAGGCUUCCUUCUGGUCGGCCACAGGGUAUUCUUAACCUUGGUGCCAUGAUUCUUGAUGUGGAUCAGCAGCUUAAUGGCUUGAGCUGCUUCCGUAGAGGAGCUUUGGGCUAUAUGGAUCUCAUGGGCAAGCCCCAGCCUAGGCCUAAUUCCUUUGUGGACAAAUUGUUUUUCAUCAAACCUAAGGCUAAGAACAGUACUGAUGAUGUUGAACAGGGGAUUAUCUGCCUUCCAUGCAAAAAGGCAAAAGGUCAAGAUUUCAAGGAGAAUCGAUUUCAUGGUUUCAAAUUGAAGAAGAGGAAUAAGAAGAAGAAGUGCAUUGGAUUCUGUCCUUGUGUUUUGGCUGCAAGAAAUAUGAAUGGACCUGCAAAAAUUCAUCUCAGCCCAUCGGACGAUAUCCUGUGUUGCAGCUGCAGAGAGGACCAAGAUAAGACUGAUUUAAGGUAUCACAUGUCUUAUCAUCAUGAGCUUUGUCCAAGAAAAGGUUCAACCGUGUUGUCUCAAUUCCUAGUUGGUCAUUGAAAAACAAAGGCUUGUUGCGUAAUUACUGUACGUUGUAGAGCUCCAUUGUGGGUUUUGAGUCCAGCAGUGAUGCAAAGGAUGUUUGGAAAUAGGAAAUAGUUUGUUAGCAGGUUCAUGGUUUUAAAUUGAGGGAGAGGAUUAAGAAGAAGAAGUGCAUUGGGUACUGCCCUUUUGUUUUGGCUGCAAGAAAUAUGAAUGGACCUGCAAAAAUUCAUCUCAGCCCAUCUGAUGAUAACCUGUGUUGCAGCUGCAGAGAGGGCCAAGAUCAUCAGGCUGAUUUAAAGUAUCACAUGUCUUAUCAUCAUUAGGUUUGUUCAAGAAAAGGUUCAACCGUGUAGUCUCAAUUCCUAGUUGAUCAUUGAAAACCAAAGGCUUGUUGUAUUAUUAAUGUAUGUUAUAGAGCUCCAUAGUGGGUUUUGAGUCCAGCAGUGAUGCAAGCGAUGUUUAGAAAUAGGAAAUAGUAUGUUAGCAGAUCCACUGCCCUUUUGCCUGUCAUUUGAUGAUCUUGUUGAAGGAGAUGGUGUAGUUCAUUUCAAAUAAGUCUGAACAGCAUGGAGGUAAUAUGUUGGCAGUGUGAAAUAGUAUAGUGGCAGAUUUUCAGUCAUUUACCCUGUCCUAUGAUGUUGUUGGUAACAGGGUAUGGUGGAUGUAUUUUUAAGAAGAAUGAAACAGUGUAUCUUUGUAAUAUCUGCAAGCUGAUUUUUUUGGUUCAAAAUAAAAUGAUUUUACCAAGUA